AUGGCGGAACGGAGCAGUGCGCGUGCACGGUCGCGGUCGCGGUCGCGGGAACGAGACGAGGGGCCGAGCGGAGGCACGGGCGCAGCGGCGAGCACAGCAGCGGGCGAGGCCGACUACCUGCGGGUGCUGCAAGAGUACAAGAAGCAGCGCAAGGCAGGGAACAAGGAGACUGGCGCUGAUGAUGCCGCUGCUGCGCAGGAGAGACUGAUGGCGAUGAUGGGUCUCCCGGUUGGCUUUGGAUCGACCCGCGGCAAGCAGGUUGCCGGCAACAUCGGUACCGUUGUCCGUAAGCAGAAGCGCCGCAAGAUCACCCAAGUCGUCAACCGCGACGACCGCAGGCCCGAGUACCUCGCCGCCAAAAAGGCCGCCAAGGAGGCAGCCCGCAAUGCCGCCAUCGCCCAGGCCCACGCCGGCCCCUACGCCGGCCCGCGCCCGCGAUCAUGA